AUGGCUCUUGUGGACUACGUAGAAAGCAGCUCUUCCGCCUCCGAAGGCGAGGACCCCUUAAGCAACACCUCACCAGCCGUCUCACAGAAAAGAUUUGCUCUGCCCACAGCAGAAACGCUUCUGGGCUGCAAAAAACCCAAGCCGGAAGAGGUAGUUGAUGAUCCUGCCCAGCAUGGUGGACGCAUCCGUAGUUUUAAGCACGAACGAGGCAACUGGGCCACCUACAUCUAUGUGCCGGCUGGGGCUUGUGAGGAGCAGCUGGAGGAUUUCCAAGCCGAAGCUAUGGCCAAAUUAGCUCCCGAAGUCGAGUUGACAGCCAACGAGUCCUUGCAUCUCAGUCUAAGCCGGACUGUAGUGCUUCAAUACCAUCAGAUUGAAGAGUUCUCAAGAUCACUAAAGACUGCUCUUCACAGCUGCACUGGCUUCUCAGCCAGUUUGCAGGGUCUUCGGAUAUACACGAACGAUGAGGGCACUAGAACUUUUGUUGCCGCCCAACUAGACGCGGCCUUUACAGAGAAGACGACCAAGCUCCUCAAGCCCAUCGACUCAGUGAUGCUGGAAUACAGGUUGCCUCCAUUCUAUGACCCGCCAUCGUUCCACGUUAGUCUGCUUUGGUGCGUGGGCGACCAAACAAAAGUUCUUACCGAAAAGUUAGAUGAACUGCAACAGUUGCUUGCGAAUCAGGAAACACUACCACUUGCUGUCACUGAAGUUCAUUUGAAGUGUGGCAAUAAGGACUUUUCCUAUUCAUUAAAAUAG